CAACGCUUAUCGCUCUAGUUCAAAAUGUCAUCAUUUCCAAGAGCAAGAGUUAUCAGAAUUCUUUUAGUAUUCGUGACCAUUUCUGCUUUAUUUGUCGACGGACAAAAAAGUUAUUUUGAUGAAAUCAAAAAUGCAAUGCACAACCUUAAAAGUUUUUUGCAUACUGGGCUUGAUGGGCUUGCUAAGUUGGCCAAAACGAUUCAAGUAGUAGAACAGUUUGUUGACGCAACUAUCGAUGAAGAUUGUGAGCCAUACACGUGUCCAAAAGGAUUUAUCAGAAAAGCAAAUCCUUUGCACAUACCGGAAAGUAAUGGAUGUGGAUCAUUUGGAUAUACGUGGAAAGAAGAGAAACUGCCUUUAAAAGAGUUAGAAGAAUGCUGUCACACCCACGAUUAUUGCUAUGAUGACUGUGGAGCCGAUAAAGAUUUGUGUGACUUGCAUUUUAAAAAGUGCCUCUACAAAGUAUGUUCAAAUCAUGAAGAAGAAUUAUCAUUGCUGUUCAUGAAAGCCUGCAAAGGGACUGCAAAGUUAAUGUACACAGGAACAUUAGCUUUAGGAUGCCAGGCUUAUCGAGAAGCACAGAAUAAGGCCUGUCAGUGCUAUGCAAGAGAUGAAUUCUGAAAAAAAAAUUUUGUGAUGAUAUGCUUAACUAUUAAAUCCAUUGUAAAAAAAUCCUCCAUUUCUAAUCAAAAUUAGAAAUAAUUGAAUUAAAUAAUAAAGUGUUAGUUUUAGGUUUUACAAAA